AUGUUCCGUGGCCAAUACCGCCGUAUUAGCCACGGGUUUGGUCAGACUCGUCUUGAGGUUCUGGAUAAACCCGGGCGUGCGUCAGGUUCAAGAAGUCGGCGCAAGAUCAAGGGCAAUGAGUGGGAGUGUUUUGAUUCUGAUACACUCGAAUUUGCGCAAAACAGUCGGCUGCCGGCUGCCUUCUUUUACGAACUGAGCACACUGCACAAGAAAGCGAGAUCCGGAAUGGACGAACAAGACAAGCAAGAUGAACCCGAGCUGUCACAGCCCAUGCUUGAGGAACAAAUGGCUCUUCUGAAGUCUGUAAGAGAGCUCGAGGAAAAGCUGGCAGAGGCCAAGGCCAGCUUGAACAGUUCGAUACACAAGAAGCAUUCCACAUCCGAACAUGCUACGGCAUUGACACCCGUAGUGUCGAAGCAGCCAACCGUUGUGCUGUCCAAGGAUGACUACAAGAACCUGGUGGAUCUCUAUUUCUUUACUCACAGCAAUCGAUUCGACCCGGAAUCGCCUCAUUCAUCCCCUACACCAAAACUCCUGGAAGACUACGUAUUUCACCUUUCCGAGGACUUUGCCCCCCCGCAAGCGUAUGCGGAAUUUUAUGCGGAUGAUGAAGGCUACGAAUCACCUCUCAAGGAAGUAGAGAAGAUGCUCAAAUCAAAGCAGCUACGCGAAGUUUCUGCCUUCAAAGCCUUCGUCGAUUUGCUCCUCGACAAUCACUCCUCAAAUGCAGCACUAUUCAGGGCUUACAAAAGGCUGCCCCAACCAGGGGUGGCCUUCCUCCCUAAAGGGACUAUCAGAUUGUUUCUGCAACGCAUGUCGACCCCGUGGCAGAAGAGCGAAAAAUCGAUGAUCCGAUACCUGUCCCUGAUUGACGACAUGCAAAAGGCCAAUCUACCGAUCGCAAGGUCAGAGUGGGCGUCUGCUAUAUACCUGGCUGGCAGGUCUUUCUCUAAAGUGACAGAAUCGGAACUGAACGCCGCACUGCGACUAUGGAGGCAGAUGGAACAGGAGGCUGGUGUACAGGCUCACAAUGUCACUUUCAACAUUCUCUUCGACAUUGCAGUGAGGGCUAACAAAUAUCCGCUGGCUCAGAUGAUAUUGAAAGAAAUGCAUGAUCGUGGACUUCAUCUCAACAGACUUGGUCGCGUCAGCGUUAUCUACUAUCACGGGCUACGAGGUGACGGAGAUGCUGUUCGAAAAGCUUACCGCGAUUUCGUCGAUGCCGGAGAAAUCGUCGACACCCUUGUUCUGAAUUGCGUAAUGGCAGCGCUAUUCAACGCUCAGGAACCGGCGGCAGCGGAGCAGAUCUAUGAACGGAUGAAGAGUCUUCAUCUCAACACCCGUCAAGAAGUGCGCAGUGACGGCACAGUAGCGUCAUACCGACAGUACCCUGGCCCAGGACCGGAGCUGAUUCACCGGAGGCUGGCAGCGAACUCUCUAAGGCGAGUCUUGCUCUUCGCCAGCAGAUUGAAGCACCUCCUGCCGGAACAUCACAAGGAGGCACAAGAGUUGAUGCCGUUAAGACCAGAUCACACCACCUUUCGGACCAUGAUCUCAUAUCACGCAAACGUUUCUGGAAAUCUCAAUCGGAUCACUGUCUUGAUCAACGAAAUGUCAGAGCUAUUCAGUCUGCCACUUCAGAGCAUUCACUAUCAGCUGCUGUUCAAGGGUUUUGCUCUCCACGGCGCCACAAGAAACCCGCAUGCGACCUGGAAUCUGCACCGCCUGAACUUAGCCUGGGAAGCUUGCCGAAAAGAUAUCCGAGAAGGCCAAUUGGCCCGUAGGCGCGCGAGGCAGGCCAAAGUGGAUAACCACACGCUCCCAUCGAUCGAUAUCCUCAACGAAACUUCUGAAGGGGAGCAAUCUGUACGUGGACAGCAAAAGGCUUUCAAACGCAUGAGCGAAUGGGACGACUUUGUUCUCGAUCUUGCCGCGUUUCCCAGAGAGCGGAGGAAACACAUCGAAAGAAUCCAUGCCGAGCUCUUUGAUGAGGAAAGAGAGAAGAGAGAGCCUCUUAUCCGAAAUCCCUUUUCUCGUUCUACAAAAGAACCGCCACCACAUGAUCAGAAGACCUACUAUCCGUUAGGAGAGCGAAAUUUAGACCAAGAGGAAGGCGAAUAUGUGCUGCCGUCGCCGAUCCUGGCCAUUGAUCCGUCAAGCAACAAGCUCCACAAUGGCUUUCCCCCAGAGGAGACCAUUGAGGAAAUCGUAGAUGUUGAUUCGGAGCCACGGACGUUCCCUCCCACGGCAGAGACAGACUCAUCUGACACAGCAUCAUCUAGAAGUACGGGAUCCGGCCCCGACGACACAGCGACCUUUUCACAGGCCGAGACGACCGACUCUCAAUCCGACCCCGAUGCCGAAGACGGUCGCGACGUGCCACCUCUGCCCUCCACCUCGCGGUACCAAGUCGAAGCCACGCGUCCGCUGAUCUGCUGGCUCCUACGCGCCUACGCCAAUGCGACGGGCUCCCGCCAGCAGGUCGAAGCAGUCUGGGACUCGGUGCGGCCGUUGUGGCACUCGCGCGAGCCGAACGACCAGGCCGCAGUGAUCCGGGUACUGAGGCGAUGUUUGCGGAACUGCGAUCGCUAUGGUCCGCCUUUGUAA